AUGUCUGCGACUCCGGUGCCGCCUGAAGACCAGGCGCGCCUCUUGGAGGAUGCCCUAGUCGCUGUGCGCCAACAAACUGCACUCAUGCGGAAAUGCCUCGAUACGCCGAGUAAGCUCAUGGAUGCCCUCAAGUGUUGCUCUACCCUGGUUUCCGAAUUGCGCACGAGCAGUCUCGGCCCGAAGCAGUACUACGAGCUCUACAUGGCCGUCUUCGACGCUUUGCGCUACCUGUCCGUCCACCUUCGAGAAAAUCAUCCCGUGAACCACCUCGCCGAUCUCUACGAGCUCGUCCAAUAUGCCGGCAACAUCGUCCCGCGCCUAUACCUUAUGAUCACCGUCGGCACUGCCUACAUGUCGAUUCCCGACGCGCCCGUCAAGGAACUCAUGAAGGACAUGAUGGACAUGAGCAGAGGUGUACAGCAUCCCAUCCGCGGGCUGUUCCUCCGAUACUACCUAUCGGGCCAGGCCAGAGACUACCUGCCCACGGGCGACGGCGACGGCCCCGAGGGUAACCUGUCCGACUCGAUCAACUUCAUCCUCACCAACUUUGUCGAAAUGAACAAGCUCUGGGUCCGUCUGCAGCACCAGGGCCACUCCCGCGAGCGCGAACAGAGAACGAGAGAAAGAAAGGAGCUGCAGCUUCUGGUCGGAAGCAACAUUGUGCGGCUCAGCCAGCUGGUGGACCUGGAGACAUACAAGUCGGGCAUCCUCGCCCCUCUGCUGGAGCAGGUCGUACAAUGUCGCGACGUUCUGGCUCAGGAGUAUCUCUUGGAGGUCAUUACCCAGGUGUUCCCGGACGACUUCCACCUCCACACCUUGGACCAGUUCCUCGGCGCAGUCUCUCGACUGAACCCACACGUCAACGUCAAGGCUAUUGUCAUUGGCUUGAUGGAUCGCCUCUCGGACUACGCAGAGCGCGAGUCCAAGGACGACGCGGCGGGUGACCGAGCCAAGUUGGAGGAGGAGGCGCUGGCAGCCUUGCUGGAAAAGACCAGCCUGAAGAAGGACGGCCAAGACUCGGCCGGCGGCCACGCGGACAUGCACGACCCCAGCAAACCCGUCGAAUUCGGUACCAACGGCGCCAACCAGCCCAGCGAGAACGAAGCACGCGCAGCAGAGGACCUCCCGCCCCCAGAGGAGCCGACGCCGUCCAUUGCAGACACCGAGGCCACUGCCGUAAAUGGCGAAGGGGGCGCGUCAGAGAAGGCCAUCCCCGAGAACGUCCAGCUGUACGAGAUCUUCUUCAGCCAAGUCAAGAACCUCGUCGAGGCGCAGCACCUGCCCAUCCAGGACACGAUAGCAUUGCUGUGCUCGUUGACAAACCUGGCCCUCAACAUCUACCCCGAACGGCUCGACUUUGUCAACCAGAUCCUGGAAUACGCGACCGUCAAAGUCAGAGAAAACGCAAACAAUGCCGAUCUGCACUCGCCCCCUGCUCAGCAGAGUCUUUUGGCUCUGCUCCAAGCGCCCCUCGACCGAUAUCUCUCCAUCUUCACCGCCCUUUCUCUCCCCACCUACGUCCCCCUCUUCCAGUCCCAGUCGUACCCGACACGCCGCGCCGUCGCCGGCGAGGUGGCCCGCACCCUCCUCCGUGACCAGACGCGGAUCUCGACCCCUAACCAGCUGGAGAAUGUUCUGGAGGUGCUCAAGGUGCUCAUUAAGGAGGGCUCCCAGGCGCCCUCCAACUACCCCGGCGUCGCACAGCGCCGCGCCGUCGAGACGGACGAGACGAUGGAGGAGCAGGGCUGGCUGGCCAGAAUCGUCCACCUCAUCAACGGCGAAGAUAAUGACACGCAGUUCCGCCUGUUGCAGAUGACUCGCAAGGCCUACUCGGAAGGCAACGAGAGAAUCCGCACGACGACGCCGCCGCUCAUCACGGCCUGCAUGAAGCUGGCCAGACGCUUCAAGGCGCGCGAGCACUACGACGACAACUGGGAAACCCAGAGCAACGCGCUGUUCAAGUUCAUGCACUCGGCCCUGAGCACGUUGUACACCCGCGUUAACGGUGCGGGCGCGGCCGAGCUGGCGUUGCGCCUCUUCUGCGCGUCCGGGCAGACGGCCGACAUGACGGGCUUCGAGGAGGUGGCCUACGAGUUCUUCGCUCAAGCAUUCACCGUCUACGAAGAAGCGAUUUCGGACUCCAAGGCACAGUUUCAGGCCGUCUGCGUCAUCGCGUCGGCGCUGCACCAGACGAGGAACUUUGGCAAGGAGAACUACGACACUCUCAUCACCAAGUGCGCCCAGCACGGCAGCAAACUCCUGCGGAAGCCGGACCAGUGCCGCGCCGUCUACCUCGCGAGCCACCUCUGGUGGGCCACGCCGAUGGCUUUCAACGGAGAGACGGACGAGACCGGGCUGUACCGCGACGGCAAGAGGGUGCUCGAAUGUCUCCAGAGAGCGCUGCGCGUCGCCGACUCGUGCAUGGAGACGGCGACGUCGAUUGAGCUCUUUGUCGAGAUCCUGGACCGAUACGUCUACUACUUUGAGCAGCAAAACGCAGCGGUCACGACCAAGUACCUCAACGGUCUCAUCGAGCUCAUCCACUCCAACCUCGCAGGCAACCAGCAGGACUCGGCCUCGGUCGAGAACAGCAAGCGCCACUUUUACCAUAUUCUCGAAAGCAUCAAGGGCCGGCAGUACGAGGGCAUCGUCCUCGACCCGAAAUGA